UCAUAUUAACGAGACAAUGCUCUUCUGAGGACAUGACUUGUUGAAUAACCAGUGUGGAUUUUAUAAAGAUCCCGUGAUUAAACCGACGCAACAUUUGCACAAUGUUGGCCUGUAGACGGAGUCUCACCGGCACCAUGAUGUCUGCUCUGCGGGUUCUUCGCAGUAAUCAAGUUGUUGUGUCUGGACACGUGCAGAGGGGCCUAUCCACACAAACAGACGGAGAAGUCCGCAUCGCAAACGUACUGAGGAAGAAGUUUCCGUCAGCUGCAUCGCUCAAAGUUGUGGAUAUAUCAGGUGGCUGUGGGGCCAUGUAUGAGAUCCAUAUAGAGUCCAGUGAGUUCGAGGGAAAACGGACCGUCCAACAACACCAAUUAGUCAAUCAGGCUCUCAAGGAAGAGAUCCAAGGAAUGCACGGACUGCGAAUAUUCACAGAUGUUCCAAAACAUUAGAUAAAGUCCCUCUACAGUUCACCCACAACCAUUUCCUUCGUUCACCCUAUUUACUAUGGAUGUACAGUUUCAAAGAGGAUAUGUGUAAUUCCAUAACUGUUCAUGUGUCAGAGGGAAAAAAGCAGAGGGAUGAUAUCUCGGGCAGGUUCACAUUAACAGUGUGAAAUGUGUAAUAAAUGCAAGAUUACGAAGAAGUUAUCUUUAUUUAAGUAGUGAGAUAUCUUCUUUGUUGAGAUAGUUAAAACCAGUGAAGGCUACAAUACGCACAAAAUAACUUGGUACAAUAUCAAGUCAUGUAGAUUUCCUCUCAGGGUUGAUAAUGAUUCCAGUGUAAAGAUAAGCAGCUGAGAAAGUAAUAAAUAGAACUGUCCUCAGCUUUGGAUAUUUGCUUUCCAGAUAUUUAAACUGGGAAAAAUCUCUUUGUGGGGAAUUGUUCUGUAAUGUAACUGAGACUGAUCACAAGUUUGUUACUGUUCCAUGAAAGUUAAUCAGCUUUAAAAUGAUUAGUAAUCAUUGGAUUGUACAGGACCUUCCAUUCACGCUUCCUAUGCAUUGAUAAUGCAAGUUGCAAUAAAAAGCAGCAGCUUUCCAUCACACACUUAUUACUUGAUUUACUACGGAGGCUUUAGUGAUAAACAUUUUACAAACACAUUUGCAAAGAAAAUGUACAUUGCAAUAGUGUCAGUUACACCAACUAGUUAAAUAAAUCUAGUUGUAUACGA